AUAGCCAUACAAAUUACAUCAUACGUGGAAAUUUUAUGUGCGCCUUUACUCCACCUCUUAUUCCCUAGCCCACCUUCCAGCUCCUGUUCGGUUAAAGUAUUUCCCCUGUGAGGAGAGUUUCUUUCUGCAUCUCAGUCUCCUGCCAGAAGCGCCUCUGAACUUUACUGCACACUCGACACUUUUAUUACGGGUUUGGAUUGAGAGACGCGUGUGCCAUCAGAGAGCUGAAAACAUCUGCAAUCAAGGACUAUAAGACAUUCAGAGGGACACUGCAUCAUACAGGUGAACGAUGCUGUCCUUGCUUUUGCUGAGCAUGUGCUUCUGGGUUUUCUCAGCCACAGCGUCUUUCGAUUAUUUUUACAGUGAGCCUGAAAGCAUACUGAGUGUCAGCAUACCCAAUGAACUUCCUCUCCAGCCUCUGAUGGGUGACACAUUAGUUCUGCCCUGCUACUUCCUGGACAACACAAUCAAUGACCCUGGUGCCCCCACCAUUGCCCCUCUGUCUCACCGGAUCAAAUGGAGUCUGGUCACCAAAGAAAAGACCACAAACAUUUUAGUGGCAUCUGAAGGAGUAGUUAGCAUUGACAAAAGGUAUCUUGAUAGAGUCACCAUGGUUGGAUACCCAAUGACACCCACAGACGCUUCCAUAAAGAUCUCUGAGCUCCAUUCCAAUGACUCGGGAGUGUACCGCUGUGAGGUCAUGCAUGGGAUAGAGGACGGUCAUGAUAUCGUUCACGUUCAAGUUCAAGGUAUUGUUUUCCACUAUCGUGCAAUCACCACGCGAUAUACCCUUAAUUUUGAGAAGGCCAAGGCAGCCUGUAUUCAAAACAGUGCAGUGAUUGCUACUCCAGAGCAACUUCAAGCAGCGUACGAUGAGGGAUUUCACCAGUGUGAUGCUGGCUGGCUUGCAGAUCAGACCGUCAGGUACCCUAUUCAUGAUCCUCGCGAGGCGUGCUAUGGAGACAAGUACGAGUUUCCUGGAGUGAGGACAUACGGAGUAAGAGACGUAAAUGAGACGUAUGAUGUCUACUGCUUUGCUGAGAAAAUGACAGGGAAAGUGUACCACACUACUUCCCCUAACAAAUUCACUUUUGAGGAGGCAGAAGCUGAGUGUGCAAAGCUGGGUGCCAAGUUGGCCACCACAGGACAGCUGUACCUGGCAUGGAAGGGUGGUAUGGAUGUUUGUAAUGCAGGCUGGUUGGCAGACCGGAGUGUCCGCUAUCCCAUCAACAUCGCCCGACCGCAGUGUGGGGGUGGCCUGCUGGGAGUGCGUACCGUCUAUCGGUUUCUCAAUCAGACUGGCUACCCUCUCCCAGACUCCCGCUAUGAUGCAUUUUGCUACUCUGAAACGGGUGAGGAGGGUUCCGGCUUAUUUCCAUUUGACCCAGAGGUUGGAAGUGGUGUCCUGAGUGUGCACACAGUCACAGUUACCCCCCAGGUCUUUUUAAAUCCCACCUCCACAAACAGUGAAGGGAAGGGAGAAGUUGUAACAUACAAACCCUCAGUGACCACUAGUGUCGAGUUCCCACAUACUGCACUAAAUAUUUCCCAGCAGCCCCUUUCACCACCUCCCAGCUCUACUGAGGUGGUUACAGACAUUGAUCUUGGGUCUGAUUUUUCCCGUUUGAAUGAAACCGAUGCUAUCAUGUCUGCCACAGGGAUGGUCUUCCAUUAUCGUGCAAGCUCUGGUCGUUAUGCCUUUGACUUUGUCGAGGCUCAGCUGGCAUGUCAAAGCAUCAGUGCAGUCAUUGCCAGUGCAAGGCAACUGCAGGCAGCCUAUGAGUCUGGUUAUCAUCAUUGUGAUGCUGGUUGGCUGUCAGAUCAGACUGUCAGAUAUCCCAUUGUGUCUCCACGUGAGAAAUGCUCUGGUGAUUUGGAGCAUGUUCCUGGUGUGAGAUCUUAUGGACUGCGUUCCACCGAUGAACGCUAUGAUGUAUACUGCUAUGUGGAUAAAUUACGGGGGGAAGUUUUCCAUGGAAGUUCAUUUGAGGGAUUCACUUAUGAUGAGGCAGUGGCUUACUGCCAGGGCAAGAAUGCCUCUUUGGCUUCUACAGGAGACCUGUAUGCCGCUUGGAAGCGAGGCUUUGAUAAGUGCCGUGCUGGCUGGCUUCUUGACCGCACUGUACGUUACUCCAUCAAUAAGCCUCGGCAGCAGUGUGGCGGAGGGAAUGCUGGAGUUCACACAGUUUACAAGUUUCCUAACCAGACUGGCUCUCCUGACCUGCACUCUAAAUUUGAUGCAUACUGCAUCAAGGUGGGUCUGGAUCUGUCUCUGAAUGAAAGUGAACCAAAUAUGACGGUGACAGAGGAAGAGAUAAUGAGCGUGACAUCGCUCCCUUCUCUUCUCAAACCUGUGGAUCUGGAUCAGUCUCUGAAUGAAAGUGAACCGAAUAUGACAGUGACGGAGGAAAAUAUAGUGAGCGUGACAUCGCUCCCUGCUCUUCUCAAACCUGAAGGAACUACUCCUACUGCUAGCCCUAUGGAACCUACUGGAUCUGGCACAUCUGGAGCUAGUGGCACUGAUGAUCUGUUGAGUGGGAGUGGGGAUCAGCCGAGUGGAUCACCUGUUUCAAGUGGAGAAACUUCUGGGGCUAGUGGCACCGAUGAUCUGUCAAGCAGUGGAAGUGGGGAUCAGCCAAGUGGAUCACCUGUUUCAAGUGGAGACUCUUCUGGGGCCAGUGGCACAGAUGAACUGUCAUUCAGUGGAAGCGGGGAUCAGCUGAGUGGGUCACCUGUUUCAAGUGGAGACUCUUCUGGUGCCAGUGGCACAGAUGAUCUGUCAAGCAGUGGAAGUGGGGAUCAGCCGAGUGGGUCUUUUUCAAGUGGAGACUUUUCUGGAGCCAGUGGCACUGACAGUCUGUUGGGCAGUGGGAGCGGGGAUCAGCAGAGUGGAUCAUUUUUGUCAAGUGGAGACUACUCUGGGGCCAGUGAGAGCAGGGAUCUGCCAAGCGGGUCUGGAGGCUCUUCAGGAUCUGGCAGUGGCUUAGAUAUCCAAGUGACCUUUUCAGGAAGUGUCUCUGUUUUAUCAGAAUUUGAAUCAGCUUCAGGACGACCCCAGGAGGCAGGCACACAGAUCCUCACCUUCCCCUUUGGUCAAGGUUCAGGCCUCUUCGGAAUGGACACCUCUGGAUCGGGAUCAGGGAGUGGAUCAGGGUAUAGCUCUGAAGAGAGUGGAUCUACCUCAGACUUUUCCAGCAGCUCAGGAGAAAGCGACGAGAGUGGAGACCUUUCUGGCAUCUCCUCAGGAUCAGGUUCCAGUGAGGAGUCCUCAGGAUUCAGUGGUUCCGCAUCAGGAAUUUUUCCCUCUGGAGGAUCUAGUGGCAUUUCAUUCAUUGAUGGCAGUGAUGUCAUCAUGGUGGAUAGCCCCUGGGUGAAGGCGUCUACUGUUCCACAUUUAACAAAACAAGAGCUGGGUGGAAGCCAUGUGGAGUUCAGCGGAUCAGGACAUAUCUCAGGGUCUGGGAUGAGUGGUGAUAUCUCUGGGAUGAGUGGUGAUAUCCUUGAAAUAAGCGGUGAUAUCUCUGGGAUGAGUGGUGAUACCUCUGGGAUGAGUGGUGAUAUAUCUGGAGUUAGUGGUGUCCACAGUGGCUCUGGGAGUGGUUCGGAGUUUUCUGGUAUGACAUUUUUGGGGUCGGCAUCUAUUGAUCUCACAGAACAACCUCGUGAGCAGGAAGUUUCCGGACUUUUGAUAUUCGGGUCUGGUGAGAGAAGUGGAUUUACAUCUGGAGGCUAUGCCACUGAAUCAGGAGAAAGAUCACGGGAAUCAGCUAGCGGUGAUAUCAUCUUCUUCUCCAAUAAUGCAAUGGAAAUGCCCAAAACGCCCAUCCAAGGCAUGGAGUUAGGAAGGGGGGAGGUGGAGUACAGUGGUACUGACAGGUUCUCCUCAGGAAGUGGAGACGACCAAAGUGCCUAUGCUAGUGAAAGAUCAGGGGAAUCAGCUAGCGGUGAUAUUAUCGUCUUCUCCAAUAAUGCCAUGGUGGAAAAAUCCAACACGCCUAUCAAAGGCAUGGAGCUGGGAAGGGGGGAGGUGGAGUACAGUGGCACCGUCAGGUUGUCCUCAGGGAGUGGAGACGACCAAAGUGCCUAUGCUAGUGGAGAAGAAUGGAUCCCAGUCACUGAGGAUCACCCCACACCAACAGUGAACUCCAGCGAUGCUCCCUCAGCUGCUCAAGGGCCAUCUGGCCUGUACAGUGAUGCUGCAGGACCUCCAGUGCCUUAUUCAGAACCAGAGGGGAUCACAAGUAAACCUGACACUGUUACUUCAGCAGCUUUGUCUUCUACCACAGAACCUACAUCUUUACAGAGCCCUUCAGUCACGGAAGGACUUGUUGGGAAUGCUUCUCUUGACCCAUGUGAACCAAACCCGUGUGGAGCUGGGGUGUGUUCGGUGAAGGAUGGGGUAGGCAUUUGUCAGUGCCCACCUGGACUGCAUGGAGACAAGUGCCAGUUUGAGGUUGAUGUUUGCCAUUCAAAUCCUUGCGCCAAUGGAGCCACCUGUGUGGAGGUGGAGGACAGUUUCAAAUGCUUAUGUCUGCCCAGCUACGAAGGAGACCGCUGUGAGAUUGAUGUGCACAGCUGUGAGGAGGGCUGGUCUAAGUUUCAGGGCAACUGCUACUUGCAUUUCUCGGCGAGAGAGACCUGGCUUGAUGCGGAGCAGCACUGUCGAAACUUAAACGCUCACCUGGUGAGCAUUAUCACUCCGGAGGAGCAAGCCUUCAUUAACUCAUACGCACAGGACUAUCAGUGGAUUGGACUGAAUGAUAAAACGGUGGAAAAUGACUUCCGCUGGUCAGAUGGGACUCCGCUGCAAUAUGAGAACUGGAGGCCUAACCAACCCGACAAUUAUUUUAACUCUGGUGAAGACUGUGUUGUAAUGAUCUGGCAUGAAAAUGGCCAAUGGAAUGACGUGCCCUGCAACUACCACUUGCCUUUCACAUGCAAAACAGGUCCAGUGACAUGCGACCAGCCUCCUAAAGUGGAGAAUGCCAGGAUGUUUGGAAACAAGAAAGAUCGUUACCUAGUGAAUUCGAUAGUCAGAUACCAGUGCAGUGAAAACUUCACACAGCGCCACCAACCUGUGAUCCGCUGCAUGCCAGAUGGACAGUGGGAGAAGCCGCAAGUGCAGUGCAUAGCCAAGUUCAAAUCUGGACUGCAUAAGGAAUCUCCUGUUCAUCACUCUCAUAAACCUAGUACAACAACAUCAGAGAAGCAUCUCUAAGGAGAUCUGAAGCGCUAGAGAUUUGUUUUUAAAUCAGUACGAGUUUUAUAUUUAUUUUCCAAGACACUGAAUUAAGAAGCAUUUGUGAUUAAAAAGUGUAAUUUUCAAGAUAAGUGCCCAUCUUGUAUAUUGCUGCCCCUUAUACAUCAGUAACUGGCCAUCAGCCAUGAUGCAGUGAUUCAUCUCAUCCCUGCAGCGAAAGAUCAGAGACCAAAAGAUCAAAGACCAGCAGCAUUCUUAAAGAUGUCUGUAAAUAUUUGCAGAAGGUUUUCCUUUUAAACCAGCUAGUGUUUUAUGUUAAAAGUUACGGAGCGAAGAGCUAGAUGUACCUAAAGUUUUUCCUCUGUGAAGGACACAAAAACGUUUUUGUCUUUCUCUGCCAGCAAGCCAAACUGUAGGUACAUGCACAACGUAAAUGAUGUGAUGAAAUGUGAAGUAUUAUUUUCAUCUAGUUCAUGGAGAGGAGAUGUAAACCUAGAAACGUUUAUAGCCAUAAAAGACGUUUACAAAAAAUCUUAUUUAUUUCUAAUACCUAACCAGACAGAUUAAGAAAGCAACUUGCACAAGGAUGUCAUUAAUUUGUUAUGUCUGAGUUGAACAACAUAAUGUGAAAUGAGAUCUAUUUAUUGAUUUCUCACAGCAUAACGCAUAGUACAUCCAUCUUUGACUGGGUGUGUCUGUCUAUUUCCUCACAAAAGCCAUAUAUAAUUAAAGGAAGAGCUCACUCAAAAACGAAAAAUUGCUGAAAAUGUCCUAACCCUUCAGCCGUUCAAGAUGUACAUGAGUUUGUUUCUUCAUCAGAACAGAUUUGGAUAAAUUUACCAUUGCAGUGAAUGGGUGCCGUCAGAUUGAGAGUCCAAACUGCUGAUAAAAACAUGACAAUAAUCCACAGACACGACUCCAGUCCAUCAAUUAAUGUUUUGUGAAGUGAAAAGCUGUGUAUUCGUAAGAAACAAAUCCAUUAUUAAGAGGUUUUAACUUUAAAGAUAUGCGUCUAGCCACAAUACCAGUCUAUAAUCCACUACCUGUUGUCUUUUCAUAUUAAAAUCCACCAAUUAGUUUAUUUAUAACUGUUUUGGACUGCUUUCGCUUAUAAGCAGUGCUUGAUCUGUGCAUAUUUCUCUCCUGAUUCAGACACAAUGAUGGAUUGAGGACUUAAAAAGACCUUAAAGAUGGUUUUGUUAUUACGAAUACACCGCUUUUCACUUCACAAGAUGUUCUUGAGCUGUGUGAAUUAUUGUUAAGUUUUUAACAGCUGUUUGAACUCUCAUUCUGACGGCACCCAUUCACUGCAAAGGAUCUAUUGGUGAGCAAGUGAUACAGUUUCUACAAAUCUACAUCUCAGAUGGCCUGGAAGUGAGCGAAUUUCUUUUUUAAGUGAACUGUUUCUUUAAACAAACAUCAGACAGAGAUGGCCAAAUCCAGUCAGAUUAUGAAUGUAAACCCAACAAUGAAAAUGUACUUGUUUGUUAGUUGUUACCUGUCGCCCAAGACUGUGCAGGGCAUAGUACUACAUGGGGACAAGAAUGACCCUGGAUCAGCUAACAGCUUUUAUUUUAUACCAGUAGUUCAGAUAGAACUGUUAAUGACAAGUGCCUUGUGAAUAUUUUACAUUUUGCCUGUUUCUGUGAUGAGACUGCUUACUUAGUACAAGAGGCUGUGCCUCUUUUCUCCCAAAGGCAGCGGGAGCUCUCUUUUAUACAGCAUAGCUUUAUUUUCAUCUGAUACAGCUGAAAUGACGAAUGCAGCAUGAACUGCAGAAGAUGCACAAACGUUCUUGAAAAGCAUUUUUUUUCUCAUGAAUUGCAAGCAGUUUGAUACUCUAUGGCAUAGAAACCCUAUCAUUUCUUUAAUUGAGAUGUAUGAGUGUCCAGAGUCAGCAGUGAAAACGUGGGAAAAUAUGAGACGAUACUGUCGUUGUGAUAAUCUGUUGUCUUCUAAAGUAGGAGAAUUGAAAUUUUUCCAGGAAUGUCUUCAGAUGAACUUUGUUUUUGAAUAACUGUAUUACAGCAAAUGCAACAACGUGCCAUUAAAACAUUCCAUACGUCAUGUUUAA